UAAAGACAUGAGACGCACAAUGGUACACACCCAGAUGCAUCACGCCCAGUCAGUGCUGCCCACAGUGCGCUGCAGGCGGCAGCUUUCGACUCCUCGCCGCUACUCUAAUCGCUCGUUUGUGCGCAAACUUGGACAACACGCUUGGAUACUUGUCGCCAUGGGAGGAAGACGCAGAGGCGCACCUGGAUCUGACGAGGACUACUCCUUUGUCAGUCCAGUUGUCAAGUAUCUGCUGUUCAUAUUUAAUUUCUUAUUUUGGAUAAUCUCCCUGGUGAUGGUGUCAAUCGGCAUGUAUGCCCGCAUGAUGAAACACGCAGAGGCAGCUCUGGCCUGUCUGUCAGUGGACCCCGCUGUAAUGCUGAUGGUCGUGGGGGUCCUCAUGUUCAUCAUCACCUUCUGUGGCUGUGUGGGCUCCUUACGAGAAAACAUCUGCCUCCUGCAGAUAUUCUGUAUCUCUCUGACGGUGAUCUUCCUGCUCCAGCUGGUGGCUGGAAUCCUGGGCUUUGUCUUCGCUGAUAAGGCCCGGAGUAAAGUGACUGAGGUGAUCAAUAAUGCCAUUGUCCACUACAGAGAAGACCUGGAUCUGCAAAACCUCAUUGACUUUGGUCAGAAAGAGUUUGGCUGCUGUGGUGGUGUGGCGUACGUUGACUGGUCCCAGAACAUGUACUUCAACUGCAGCAAGGACAACCCCAGCAGAGAGCGCUGCUCUGUCCCCUUCUCAUGCUGUAUCGUAUCCAAAGACAAGAUGGUUAUCAACACCAUGUGUGGACAGGGCAAACAGGAAUUAGAGUACAUUGAAGCUGGUAAAUACAUCCACGCUAAUGGCUGCAUAGACAAACUGGUGAACUGGAUCCACAGCAACCUGUUCCUGCUGGGAGGCAUCGCUAUGGGACUGGCCAUACCACAGCUGGUUGGCAUCCUCUUGUCGCAGCUUUUAAUCAACCAGAUCAAAGAACAGAUCGAGCUCCAGAACUACAACCUCAAGCACAGCUUUGAUCCGUGGAGCUGACCCAGGCCGGAUCAGACCAGAUUCUGGUGAACAGCACCAAAACAUGGUGAAACCAGCAGGUGGUGGAACCGGGACAGGGGACCACAAAUGCUAGUUCUUUAAAAAAAAAAAAAAACAUCUGUCCUCUCUGCCUAGACCGAGCAUUCAGUGUCAUUGUUCUUGGACUUAAAAACUCAAGAGUGGUGUUGAGUGGAGUGGAGCAUGUGGACAAGUGAUUAAUGUGCUUACAAAUACCUGGCAUGGUGGCGGAAGUCAGGACACACACAAAAGAAAGUGAUGGAGAAAUAGGACUCUGUCGCCAUCCAGUGGAAAUAGACCAUGCUUGGUCAAAAACUUACAGCAGUUAGUAAUAUCCAAAGCGGAGGGAGGGGAGAUGUUUGGUGCUCGGGGUCAUAUUGACAGGAUUAUUGACCUUCUGCAGUCAGUAUAAUCUGCAACAUUUUUUAAUCUUUCUAUGCCAAAUAAGAGUGGUAUUGUGGUAUUAUUAGGAAUUGUUUUUUUUUUCAACUGUAUCCAUGAUGUUGCAAAUGUUAACUGAAAAAGAAAUGCAUUUUUGAACAUAUAAUGAUUUUGUAGACUUUUUCAAAAUAAAAGACAGAAACUUGUGCAUUCUUUGUAAUGUGGCUUUUGGCUGUUAGCAUCAGUGAGUGAGAUACAUUCUGCCAUGUAUUAGACAUGUAUGCACAAAAAUGUGCCAGUUUUUGGUUUGUAGUUGAAACACCUGUGUAAAAAAAUAAAUUACCUCUAUGCUCCAGAGAUGCCAUGUCUGCCUGUUACAAAAAAACGAUUAGCAUAACAGAAUAAU